GCAAAUAAGUGAGGCCAAGUCGUCCGGAGUUAGCAUCACAUGAUUGGCACAAUGGCCGGUUCCACCGACUGACAUUCUGGCAGGCAACUCGGAUGCAGAAUGACGCGACCGGGCUCCUUCCGGCAACCAAAGGAGCAGUUUGGAGAUAAAGCAGGCAAAUCCAGGUUCGAUUCUCCAACUUGUUAAAUCCGCUCUGGCUGCCGGCCAAGGAUCUAGAGCUUCUUUCAAUGCAUCGUUGCAAAAGUCGCAAUAUGGCGGCGCACUGACGCCACUGUCCCUCCUGCAUCUCUGUGUCCUGCACUUGCUGCGUUGCCCUUCGGUAAAUUGUGCCGUGCCACUAUAGACUCAAACUCCCUACAAAAGACCUUGCCCCGCGAAACAUCGAAUCAUGGCUCAACGAGCCGAUACCUCCUCGUCACCCGCUGCGACGUCGCCUGCUGCUCCUCAAUCCCUCUCUCGAGAAGGACGAGCCCUUCCAGGUCGCCAGCCGUUGAUGAGGAAGAAGUCAGCCCAGGACCGGAUCAAUGAAAUCCUACAGGGCGCUCGAGAACGCGCCGAAUCAUAUGGCCCGGACACGUCUCCCGGUAACCUCAGCCCACGGCUACAACCGCUGCUGGAUUCAUCGUUGCGCGGGCUGAAUUAUCUUUCCAACAACGCUUCACCACGCACCGGUUCUCCGCGUCUGUCGCCGUCGAUUCCGGAGGAGAAUGGCGUCGGUAAUAUCGAUGGCGCGGUGACAGCGCAGCCGCAACAGCAACACAUCCAUUACUACAAUGGCACGCAGACGAACCACUCGACGCGGAGGCGAUCCACCCGACAGUCAGCCCAGGAGCAGGGCCGGUCGGCGUCGCAAGCUGAUGAUGGGACGACGGGGAGAAGACAUGGCGAAGAAGAAGAGGAAGGUGGUUGGAAGAAGACGUUGAAGUAUUUCAGGAGCAUAGAGCUCGAGAACAAGGGGAGUGUUGCGAGGGAUCACUUGGCGUUGGAACGGACGUUCCUUGCCUGGUUGCGCACGUCAUUGGCGUUUGCCUCGAUUGGGAUUGCGAUUACUCAACUGUUUCGGCUGAACACUUCGUUGGCGGAUGAUGAUCACCAGUUGUAUACGCUGAGGCAUUUGGGGAAGCCGCUGGGGUCGACGUUUUUGGCGGUUAGUAUUUUGAUUUUGUUUUUGGGGUAUAAUCGGUAUCUGGAGAGCCAGGCGUGGGUAAUUAAGGGGAAGUUUCCGGCGAGUAGGGGGACGAUCAUCCUGGUGUCGUUUAUUGCCUUUGCGGUGACGGUGGCGAGUUUGAUUGUGGUUAUUGCUGUGCAGGGGGAUCAUUGA